AUGCCGUCAGUCUCAAUAAUCACUAAACUUGCCGUCGCUGCUGGUGUACUUGUACAGCCCGUAUUAGGACUCCCAUCUUCCAGCUUCAAGCAUUCAUCAACAAUCAAGCCCUCUUUCAGCAUCAAGCCUCCUGCCAUUCCAUCAACUUUACCUCAUCUCCCUUCGAAAGUCUCGAUUUCACUCAAGCCUACGUCUACAGCUGUUCCUACAAAGGGAAAAUAUAACCGCAGAAUUACUAUCGGGAUUAGCGUGCGCUGCCAUCGGUGUCGAGCAGACUCUAUACACACUGCUAAAUUCAGAUAAAGACACGAGUAUGUUUCCCUCCUCUUAUUUCAGUUUCGAGGUUUUCUAUGCAAUUUCGUAGAGUUUCUCGUUCUAUAAAUCGAAACGGUCCACUAACAUGCCUAAAUAGGGCCUGAAGAUAUUCUGACUGCUUUCGCAAAGGAAAAGCCACUUCCAGCGGAGCUCGCCUACGCAUGUUUGCAGUCUGUCCCUCUAAACAUGGCAGCAGCUACCGAUUGGAUAAAAUGGAUCAAGCCUUAUGUCGAGUUUCAAUCUACUCUCGGAUGGCUCAAAAACCCCCCUCUUUCUUAUCAACAGCCCGCAGUCGAUAUAAUGGGCGGUCUUGAUACAAUCGCUAAUUCCGUCACCGCUGGAAAGUUCAAGGGGCAAUACGAAUUCGAAGUUGCAGUUUAG